AUUGCCAGUGCAGCGUUCCACGCGCGGGGCCGGGAAGAUGCUGCUGUCCCUGGUGCUCCACAUGUACUCGAUGCGCUGCGUGCUGCCGGCGGCCGUGCUGCUGGGCACGGCACCCACCUACGUGCUGGUCUGGGGGGCCUGGCGGCUGCUGUCCGCCUUCCUGCCCGCCCGCUUCUACCAGGCGGUGGACGACCGGCUCUACUGCAUCUAUCAGAACAUGGUGCUCUUCUUCUUCGAAAACUACACCGGCGUGCAGGUAUUGCUAUAUGGAGAUUUGCCAAAAAAUAAAGAAAAUAUAAUAUAUUUAGCAAAUCAUCAAAGCACAGUGGACUGGAUCAUCGCCGACAUGUUGGCCGUCCGGCAGAACGCCCUCGGGCAUGUGCGCUACGUGCUGAAGGAUGGGCUGAAAUGGCUUCCGUUGUAUGGGUGUUAUUUUUCUCAGCACGGAGGAAUCUAUGUGAAGAGGAGCGCCAGGUUCAAUGAGAAGGGCAUGAGGAGGAAGCUGCAGAGCUACGUGCGCGCGGGGACCCCGAUGUACCUUGUGAUUUUUCCAGAGGGAACAAGGUAUAAUCCCGAACUAACAAAAGUCCUUUCAGCUAGUCAAGCAUUUGCUGCUCAAGAAGGCCUUGCAGUAUUAAAACAUGUGCUGACUCCAAGGGUAAAGGCAACUCAUGUUGCUUUCGAUUCUAUGAAGCAUUACUUAGAUGCAAUUUAUGAUGUUACAGUGGCUUUCGAAGGGACCGUGGAUGAUAAAGGGCAGCGGAGAGAAGCGCCAUCCAUGGUUGAAUUUCUCUGCAAAGAAUGUCCAAAAAUCCAUAUUCACAUUGAUCGUAUAGACAAAAAAGACGUACCAGAAGAACGAGUAUGUCUGAGAAGAUGGCUCCACGAACGUUUUGAAAUAAAAGAUAAGUUGCUUAUAGAAUUCUAUGAUUCACUGGAUCCCGAAAGAAGAAACAGAUUUCCUGGGAAAAGUGUUAAUUCUAAACUAAGUCUCAAGAAAACUUUGCCGUCCUUGCUGCUCCUCGGCGGCCUGACCGCCGGCAUGCUCAUGACCGAGGUGGGCCGGAGACUCUACGUGAAGACGUGGGUGUGCGGGACGCUGGUCGGCUGCCUGUGGGUCGGCAUCAAGGCGUAAGCGGGCCGCGGUCUCACUGCUGGUGCUGCGCGUGCAUCAGGUUGUGUCCUGAGUUAAUGAGAAGUGUAAAUAAAGCCUUGUUGGUUGAACAUUGGAGAACACUGAAUUUCUGACGAAAGGCGACACGCGCUUGGUCUUGGGCGGACGCGCACGGUGGCACCGCCUUAGCGCUGCAGCCGCCGGAGAGGGAAGCGCUGAGCAGUUCGUGCCGCGCGCUAGCGUUGACUUCGGAAGACCUUAGGAUCGUGCGAUUUGCUCUUGCUUUGUGUCAUUUGCUAUUGUUUUUGUAAUUCAGGUAGCUGCGUUCAAGAACAUUCAUUUGCAAUACAUGUCACCAUAUUUGUCAUUUUUGGUUUUUUAUAACUCGACUGCUCCAGACUUACCACUAAAGUGUUUAGUACCUUGCAGCUUUGUAACGUGUUGUUUGCUUAAUUUCUCCAAGUCAGUGAAAAAAACUGUAUUUAACUGUUGAGAAGGGUGAAGGGAAGGGCCAAGAAAUGGUCAUGCGGGAGAAGCUCUGGUCAGAACCUGCUUUUAUUACGUUACAUUAUGAGCUGAUUUUACUUACUUUAUAUUUGCAAAAUAAUUAACUUUCUGAUAUUUAUUGCAACAGCUUAAUUUGCACACCCUGUACUCUAUACAAAAGGAUAAUGUAUAAAACAUGAGAAUUAAGUGUAAGUAUAAAUCGUGACCCUGAUUCUUAUAGCAAAACUUUAAAUUGCCCAAAUCUAAAAGCUAGGCUCUUAGAACUUUGCAACAUCCGUGCCACAAGUACUUGAAAACCUUAAGGUUUCCUGUCGUUUUAUAUAUACAUAUGUAAAAAUAAUCAUUGUGCACCUUUGCUGGACCUGGAUCCACAGACAUUUGAGGUGAUGGGAGCCUUCAAACGUCUGACCGGAUUUACCGGCACGUGCCUUUUGCCUGUUGCGCUUGGGUUCAGUGAAAUAUUUAAUCCAGAAACCAUGUUUGGUUCAUCAUGGCCAGUUGUCGCUGUCCCCGAGCUCUCUCCCUUCCGCUCGCUGGCGGUGUCGGCAGGGCGUGCGCAGCCAGCGGUGCUUGUCCUCGUGGAGGCGGGCUGUUGCAGCUCCGGGGAGCGCUUCGCUGGCCGCAGGAAAGACGUUUUGUUUGUCUCACGCCCAGAAAAUCCUCCUUCCGCAGCCCAGCGAAACGCGGGCUGAAUCCCUCAGGCCCGAGCGAGUGCGCGUAGUCCCACUUGUUCAGUGGGACGCGAGUAAUCCGUGUCAGGGCCCGCCACGCAGCUUUCGGUGGCGGGGUAGUAGAGCUGGGGAGGCAGGCGCCUGCCCCGGUGCGAUCUGCUCCGUUUCUGUGUUCAUUUAAACCCCACCGCCCACGAGGUUUUCCAGGUAACAUUUCCUCUUCCUGCCAGUGAGUUUCUCUUGCACAGUUGUGUGAGUGCCCCCGAGGGAACUCUCCGGUUCAAUCACGACACCUUCGAAGAGUGGGGAGCGCGGACUGGGUUGUCUCUGAGCGUGCAGGUGCACACACACUCCUGUGCUCACGUUCCCGCAGCCCGGGGGGCCCGAUCAUGGGCGGCUGUCAGUAAAACUUUUGAAAAGUGUUGUCAUGCCAAACUGCAAUUUUCUCUUACCGGUAAAGUGAAAUUUAGGUCAAUCACAUGUCUUUGUUAAAUACUUUUCUUUUAAUGUCCUAAAGUUAGAACCUAUUUCUAAUUAGGUCAAAAUCAAUGUAAGUCGUGUGACUUACUUUGAACAUCAUGGAUACGCCCUAAAUUUACGUUUUAAGAAGCAGCACCAUGAGAAUUGUGGUGACCGUAACUGACUUUAGGAAGGUGGAAGUGAGCUGCGUGGGAUGGCUUGGACAUCGUGCUUCUGAUGACGAAACGUACACAUUCUUCUCACGAAAGGUCUGUUAAAUGCUCAUUUAAAAAUUUUUUGUACCAAAAUAUUUGGAAACUGAGAAGCUUCUUUUUAACAUGUAUCGCUGUGACUUGAACUGUUAUUUUCUAGGUUUAGAGCGCUUCACCGACGGCGCAUCUUUUCAUGUAGUGUCACCUAAGCUCUCGCUCCUGUCGUUACUGUUGUUAAUUCACGGUGUGGUUACUACUUCGUUUUUCUUUGUAAGAAUGCCGUCAGUGCGCAUGCUUUUAUGUUUUUCAGAAAAGGAUGUGUUUGGUUAAGAGUCAGAGGGAAAAUAAAAUCUUCCACUGUCUCCGA